CCGGCGAGGCCGAGGGACCAGCCCCAGCCUCGGGACGGGCGAGACGGGCGGGACGGGCGUGGGGGCCGGAGGAGAAAACCAGGGAGGCCGGAAGCGGAGCCGGGGGUCUGCAGGAGGCUGAGUGAUGAAUAGGGACACUGAAAGCAGGAGAGUGAAUGAAUGGGGGAUAUUGAUCGCAGAAGGGGAAGGAAAUAGAGGGGGUCUGGCGAGGCAGGGGUUAGGUUAAGGAGCUCAGGAGACAGGAUGUGCAGGAUUGGGGGACACAAGCGACAAGGAGAAGGGGAAUGAACGAAGGACUAGAGAGGCAGAGCUGGGGAAUCCAGGAGAGAGGGGGCGGAGAGGAGAGCGUUCAUGGGAAAGAGGCUUGGAAAAAGGGGGUAGAAGCUUCAGGAGGUGGCCUUUUAGAGUUGGGGAGGCAUAACGACUCAUGCGCAGACUGGAGACCUAGUUCCCAGUACUGUCCUUGGGAACUGAGGGGACCAGGAGUAGUUCCCUUGCUGCCAAGGGAGGGAUUGGACCCUCAGGGCCCUCUUUGACAUUCUCCCCAGAGAUGACUUAAAUGCCUGCCUCUGGAGUGCUUCUCCUGGGCCCCAAAGCUUUGCCUCUGGCUCCACCCCCUUCCCAUAGCGUCAGAGGAAACAGUGACUCCCAGAAAUCUAUGUGAACUGCAGACAUGUGGUCUUCCCCACCCCACUGCGGCUGCUGCUGCUCUCUGGGCAGCCAGCCUCCUGGAACAGAGCCUCCUGCCAUCCCAUCAUCCUGGCCUCUGGGAGGACCUUUCUUUCCCUGUGUUCCAAGUCACCCUGCCUGAGGUGCCCCUCCAGAUUCUCAAACACGAUUUACAGUUCAGCUCCUGGCUCUGGUGGCUCUGGUGGCUCUGCCCAGUGUUAAACUGACAUGGCUCGAGCCUGACCUUCCAUAAGCUGCGAUCCUGACGGGCACACACAGGCUGUUGCUGUAGCUGCUGUGAAUGAUCUAAAACCACGAGGCAGUCCGGGACUGAGAGACGAGGCAUUCCCUCUGCCUGGAUGUGUGGGAACUCCCUGCCAACUUGAUCGGUGGAUCUGGGGGGGGAUCCACCCCCACCCCGUGAGCAAAGUACAGUCCAUCUAGUGGGUGGAGCUUCAGGUGCCAGCCAACUGAAGGAUGGCCACCCCUGUGGUCACCAAGACGGCCUGGAAGUUACAGGAGAUUGUCGCCCACGCCAGUAAUGUGUCCUCGCUGGUGCUGGGCAAGGCCUCCGGGCGGCUGCUGGCUACUGGUGGGGAUGACUGCCGUGUCAACCUGUGGUCCAUCAACAAACCCAACUGCAUCAUGAGCCUGACGGGUCACACGUCCCCAGUGGAGAGCGUCCGCCUCAACACCCCGGAGGAGCUCAUCGUGGCCGGCUCCCAAUCAGGCUCCAUCCGCGUUUGGGACCUAGAAGCUGCCAAAAUUCUUCGCACGCUUAUGGGCCACAAAGCCAACAUCUGCAGCCUGGACUUCCACCCGUACGGCGAGUUCGUAGCCUCGGGCUCCCAGGACACGAACAUCAAGCUCUGGGACAUCCGGAGGAAAGGCUGUGUUUUCCGGUAUAGGGGACACACCCAGGCUGUGCGGUGCCUCCGGUUCAGCCCCGACGGGAAGUGGCUGGCAUCGGCUGCAGAUGACCACACAGUGAAGCUCUGGGAUCUGACUGCUGGCAAGAUGAUGUCCGAGUUCCCUGGCCACACAGGGCCUGUCAACGUGGUGGAGUUUCACCCCAAUGAGUACCUGCUGGCUUCUGGCAGCUCGGACAGGACCAUCCGGUUCUGGGAUCUGGAGAGGUUCCAGGUAGUGAGCUGCAUCGAAGGAGAGCCAGGGCCCGUCAGGAGCGUCCUGUUCAACCCCGACGGCUGCUGCCUGUACAGCGGCUGCCAGGACUCGCUGCGCGUCUACGGCUGGGAGCCUGAGCGCUGCUUUGAUGUGGUCCUGGUCAGCUGGGGCAAGGUGGCCGACCUGGCUGUCUGCAACGACCAGCUGAUAGGUGUGGCCUUCUCCCAGAGCAACGUUUCCUCUUAUGUGGUGGACUUGACGCGGGUCACCAGGACAGGCACGGUGGCCCAGGACCCCGUGCAGGACAGCCGGCCCCUGGCGCAACAGCCAGCCCACCCCAGUGCCCCUCUUCGGCGCAUCUAUGAGCGGCCUGGCACAGCCUGCAGCAAGCCUCAGAGGGUGAAGCAGAACUCGGAGAGUGAGCGCCGCAGCCCCAGCAGCGAGGAUGACCGGGACGAGCGGGAGUCUCGGGCCGAAAUCCAGAACGCCGAGGAGUACAACGAGAUCUUCCAGCCCAAGAACAGCAUCAGCCGGACACCACCCCGAAGAAGUGAGCCCUUCCCGGCACCCCCGGAGGAUGACAUGGUCUCAGCCAAGGAGGUGGCCAAGCCCAGCCCGGCCACGGACUCGCAGUUCCCGGUGCCAAAUGGUGGGCAGAGGGGGCGGCCUCGGGCUGGCUCCCCACUGAGCUCCGGACCCCACCAGCUCGAGGUCCCGCCCCGGCCCCCGGGCGUCACUCCCACGCCUGCGCCCAAGGCUGAGCCGGCCAUCAUCCCUGCCGCCCGGAAUGAGCCCAUUGGGCUGAAGGCCUCCGACUUCCUGCCUGCCGUGAAGAUCCCCCAGCAGGCCGAGCUGGUCGACGAGGACGCCAUGUCGCAGAUCCGCAAAGGCCAUGACACUAUGUGCGUGGUGCUCACCAGCCGCCAUAAGAACCUGGACACCGUGCGGGCCGUGUGGACCACAGGCGAUAUCAAGACAUCAGUGGACUCGGCUGUGGCCAUGAAUGACCUGUCAGUGGUAGUGGACCUCCUGAACAUUGUCAACCAGAAAGCCUCCCUGUGGAAGCUGGACCUGUGCACCACAGUCUUGCCCCAGAUCGAGAAGCUUCUGCAAAGCAAGUAUGAGAGCUACGUGCAGACCGGCUGCACGUCCCUGAAACUGAUCCUGCAGCGGUUUCUGCCCCUGAUCACGGACAUCCUGGCAGCGCCCCCCUCUGUGGGUGUGGACAUCAGCCGGGAGGAGAGGCUCCACAAGUGUCGGCUGUGCUACAAGCAGUUGAAGAGCAUCAGUGGCCUCGUCAAGAGCAAGUCGGGUUUGAGUGGCCGCCACGGCAGUGCCUUCCGGGAGCUGCACUUACUUAUGGCCAGUUUGGACUGAGGAGCUUUUGGGCCUGGCCUCAGCCCCUGUUCCCGUUCCCUGUGCACUCCCGGGCCCGUGAGCCUCUGCCCGGCCCCCUCUGCAGCCCUGUGGCCAUCCUGGAGGUGGUGGCUCCAGCCCACUGGCCACCUGCACAGCCCUGAGCUCUCAGACAACUUCUCCCUGGCAGUGGCUGCCCUGCUUGGCCAACUCCUGCUUCUGGGGCAGCAAAGAGCACCCUGGGGCUGCUGCUGUAAUUUAUAAGGCGAAUUUUAUUAAAUUUGUAACUAUUCCCUGG